AUGAUCCGGGGUACAGGAAAGCGGGGGCAGACUGAGAUUCUCCAGUCCGAGAUAGAGUUGGGACCCUUGAGCAAGGACUUCCUUGAGCAAAGUGCCCUGCUUCCAAGGCAAACAUUCAAGGAGCAACCUUCAGUUGAGACAACGCCAAAUGCGCAUCCCUUCCCAGCUCGUUUUUAUACAUACCUCUCAGUAGUUGGGCUACCUGUCGCCACCCUCAUUGCAAGCUUCGCCUUCCUGGCCCUCAUUUCAGACGGCAAAGUUUUGGAGUGUGUCCAAAAUGUGGCUUCGAGAGCGCUCGAGAGGCCUCGUUAUGUGAAGCGCGCCCCUCCACAACCGGGGGCCAGCUUUCUCGCCUGGGUGGUCACAGCCGCAGCUUGCAGCAUUCUGGACGUAUUCACACUAGCCCUCGACGCCUUCUUCCACCUCCAGAAGUAUCCAAUGGAAACGCGCCCUGUCUCAAUGUUGUCGGUGGUUCAUGAGAUUCUUCUAGAGCGCCAGCUGGCAAAGUUGACCUACAAAACAAUGACACCUGGCAGAUUGCUUCUUUCCACAGUCUCUCUGGGAGCAUCAUGUAUACUUCUGAUCACUGCUACUUCCUUCGGUUACUGGGUUGGAGGAGGGAGCAAGACCGCUGUCGCUGCCCUUCUAGUAGCUUCUCUUACGCCCCUAGAAACUUCCAGCUCGUUGCUCGCAUCAGCUUGCGCCAGCUCGUCACCUCUGCUACAGAAGCGAUUCAGUCGUGGAGUUCUUCAGAGCUGCCUAGCUUUACUUCUGUUCAUUAUUGCAAUCGGGAUGGUCCAUCUAGUUUCGGGGCCCUUGGUAUGGGCGUUGGUAGACGGGCAAGGCUGGAGCUCGCUGCAAAACCUGGCGGUGAAAGUGGAGGUCGAGUGCGGUGCCGAGGAAGAGCCAAGUCAGACAUAUGACCUGCUUCAAGACGGGGUGAUUCGAUCAGGCCCCUCGCACGACAGCAACGCCACAGAGCGCACUCCUUUCGAAACCGCACGCACCCCGGCCAUUUUGCGUCUCGCUGGAGACGUUUUCUAUGUGAACGCAGUUGACUCUGCAGCGGACCUCGAGUUAGUUCCACAAUGGACCGUUUACUCGGACGAGUUUUGGAACAUCUUCCACGGCGGGGUGUCGCCCAAUCUGCUCUCGUUUAAGGCUAGCUUCAGGCUGAGGAGGGGCGACCUGCUUGCGAGCAUACACGUGCCUCAAGCACAGGAAGUCCACGUGGCGUUCGCUUAUAAGACAGACGGGGCCUGGCAGAGCGCUGACGUCAGCCUGACGGGCGUCCACAGCAAUUUACGCGUGCUGUGUCCGCAGGUCCUCAUUGGAAGCCGGGAAUAUUCGACCCGGACUUUUCCUACGAAUCUGCGUGAGUUGAGGAGGUUAGAAAUGAGCGUCGCUAUGUUGGGGACUUACUGCCCAGCAGAAAGGACUUAA